UUUUCUGGAGAAGUAUGCAGGUUCUUAAUUCAGAUAGUUGGAACUAAAGGCCUAGAAUACAGUUCUCCAACUCUUUCCUCAGCCAUGAGCAACCUAACUCCAGCUUUUACCUUUGCCUUUGCAGUUUUGUUCAGGAUGGAGAAGGUAGCUAUGAGAAGGUCAAGCAGUCAAGCUAAAAUUGCUGGAACUAUAGUUUCAAUAGCAGGAGCGUUGGUGGUUCUUUUCUACAAAGGCCCAACCAUUUUAUCCACUCAACCAUUUUAUCCACAUAUUCUCGACAAACACCAUUUCAUUUCGUUGGCCUUUCGUUGGCCUCUUGCCUCUGCGAUGUCUGAUUGGAUUAUUGGUGGCCUCUUGCUUGCUACAGAAUAUCUUCUUUGUUCACUUUGGUACAUUAUUCAGGCUGAGGUGUUGAAGAUAUAACCAAAAGAGCUUGUUGUGACAUUUGUAUACACUUCGUGUGUGACCAUCAUAUCCGCCCCAGUAUGCUUUGUUGCGGAAAGCAACUUGGAUGCUUGGCUACUAAAACCUCAUUUGGCAUUACUUGCUAUUUUAUACUCGGGAAUUUUUGGAACAUGCUAUAGCAACGUUAUUCAUUCAUGGGGGCUGCGUUUGAAGGGGCCUUUGUAUGUAGCAAUAUUCAAACCAUUGUCAAUUGCUAUUGCAGCUUUUAUGGGUGUCGUAUUUCUUGGGGAUGCUCUCCAUCUUGGGAUGUAUGUAUGCUCAUCUUUUCGUAUUUCUUGGGAUGCUUCUCCAUCUUGGGAUCAGAACGACGGUUGCCUUGUUCAAAUUUCCUCUUCUGUCAAGACUUUGUGCACUUGGGAUUAUUGGGUAUGGAAAUUUGUUCAUGACCCUCUUCUAGGUUUGAGAGUUUUAUCUAUGGAGGCAGCAUUUGGGAGUCUGUUUCGAAUUGAGUUUCACACAUUGUGCUUGGGCAAGAAAGGACCUUUAUAUGUAGCAAUGUUCAAACCUUUGGGUAUUGCUAUUGCUGUGUUCAUGACAGUCACUUUUCUUGGUGAAACCCUUUGUCUUGGCAGUGUGAUUGGCUCUAUUAUAAUUGCACUUGGAUUUUACAGUGUGAUGUGGGGACAAAUGAAGGAGAAGAACAAUGAAAGUUUUAGCAGUCAAAAAGCCCCUCUUUUGCAAAGGAAUGCUUCUUUUAGAGAAGAUAAUUAGUGUGCCUAAUUUUACUUGAAAGGCAAUUUCUGUUCCUGUAACAGGCAGGAAUUAGGAGAAUCAUAUGAAAGUGUACUUGGAAAUGUGAGUUCGAGAGAGAACAUAAUGGAAAAAAGGGGAAAGAAAAAAAAAA